AUGUCUGAUUCCUCUAGCUCUGAACCAAGCAACCCUAACAGAGAAGAUCCUGUUGCUGACUCUGCGAAUACCUCACAUGCAAGAAGACCUAAAGAAACUGUAUCAGGCUUCUCCUCAACCAUCGCUCUUGAGGAACGAACCAGAGAAGGUUCCAGGUAUGUUCACAAUGCCAUUGCCAUUAUGGUGACUGGAAUACUGUCUGGUAAUCAUAAGGUCCUUGCGGUUUCCAUUCCCUUAAACACUAUUGAACCUGAUAGUGUUGCUUAUCAAGAAAAUAUUGAGUCUUUAGGUAAGAAUAUCUCUGAUGAUGUUGAGCAAACUGAUUCUCAUAAGGAGUCAAAUGUUGACAAACCCUUAGAUAAUGUGGCUGGUGAGGAAGUUCAUGUCACUCAUGAUGUCAGUAACAACCCUAACUGUGAGGCUGAAACAGUAGACCUGGAGGAAUUUUCUGAUAAUGAGUUGUUGUCCUCAGUCCUCCCUAGCAUAGCCAAAAGGGUUAGGACUAGGAGAGAAAAGAAAACAGUGGCUCAAAGGUCCCCCAGAAAGAAGAUUGAUGUUCCAACCUCUUCCAAGACAAAGGUGGCAGUCAAGAGCUCCCUCAAGAGGAAAGUUCAUGGUCCAACCAAAUCUUGGAGCAAAGGGGUGCCCAAGAAAAGGAAGACCAAGUCGGUUGUUGUUGAGUCUGACUCAGAUGUUCCAUGUGAUGUCCCUGACACCCUGUCAAAGAAGAAGCCACCCACUAGCAAGCUUGCAGCUAGUGUCCCUGAGGUACCAAUUGACAACAUAUCUUUUCAUUUUGCUUCAAGUGUAAACAGGUGGAAAUAUGUUUAUCAGAAGAGGUUGGCUUUGGAAAGGGAAUUAGCUCAGAAUGUCCUAGACUGUAAGGAUAUUAUGGACCUUAUUCAAGAGGCUGGUUUAAUGAAGACUGUGACUCAGUUCUCAAAGUGCUAUGAGAUGUUGGUAAAGGAAUUUAUUGUCAAUUUGUCUGAAGAAUGUGCUGAUGGGAAGUCUAAGGAAUUCAGGAAAGUGUAUGUGUGA